AUACGAAUUCUUGCAAUGAGGAUUAGAAGUCAAGAAUAAUUAUUACGUGAAACGUCUGGAAAUAGUUGUUUUUCUGCUACAGUCAAGCAUUGAGCACCUGCUUUGUGUAUCUAAAAAAUAAGGUGAUAUAUUUCAUUGCGAAUUUGUAAAAAUGAUGGAUCCGGAAGAAACACCACCAACAGACGAGAUUGAACCUGACCCAAUUCCUGAUCAAGAAGAAGACAAACAAAGCAGUGAUGUUGUACUUGUUGCAAAUGUCAUUGAGGCUAGUAAAGAUGGUGAAGUCGUGAAAUAUACCAUACAAACAAAAGAGAUAAUGAUGGGUGAUGAAAGUGAAGAAAGAGGUCAUGUUGUUGUGAGAGAAUUGGAUGAUUUUGAAUGGCUAGAUCAUUGUAUUAAAACACAGAAUGACAUUUCUGGAAUCAUUUUUCCACCAUUAAUGACAAAACACCAUGUAACUGCACUAGCUGCAGAGAAUAAAUCAAAGAAACAACUUGGUAACAAGACAAAGAGUAUGCUUGGAGAUGAGUUUACAAAAGAAUGUAGAAGUCUUGAGAAAUAUAUCCAGUUACUUUUGGUACAUCCUAUGAUUUCAAAAGAUGUAAAUUUAAGAAAAUUUUUGAUUGAUGAAGAGCUCCCACCUAGAGUAAAAGUUAAAAAAGGAAUUCUAAACAGUUUAUCAAAAACAGUUGAUGAAGUUCGAUUUACAUCUCAUAAGGAUAUAAAUGAUGAAUUUCAAAGUCGAAGAAACUUUGUCAAUAAAUAUAGUACAGAUAUUAAAUCUUGUACAGAGGCCUUUACAAAGAUGGUGAACUCACAGUUCAAGGUAGCAUCAGAUCUUGCCUGCUUUGCUAAUACGGCAUCAUUUAGUAUCACUGACGGAGUCAACUCCAAGGAGAUGAACAGAUAUCUUCUUGAAUUUGCAUCGUGUUUAGAGAAGUCUAGGGAAUCUCAAAAUGUGAUGGCGAUAAAUGAUGAAAAGACGUUAGGUUUUACGCUAGAAUUAUAUACAAACUACAUGGAUGGUGUGAAGAGUAUGUUCUUGCAACGGACACAAAAGCUUGUGAAAUUGGAGAGUGCUCAGAAGGCUUUACAGAAAGCAAAACCUCAGAACCAACAAGAGUUGGAAGAAGCAAAAAAUACUGCAGAAGAAGAAUUUCAAGAUAUUUCAGAAAAAUGUGAAAAGGAGUUCUCCCGAUUUCAACGUCAGCGCGUCUUGACCUUUCAAUCCAGUUUAACAAAAUUCACUGAAGCUCAUAUCUCGAAUGCCAGGGAUACCUACGCCAUGCUGGCCAAAUUAUUGUCUGAUGUUAAAUCGAUUUAAUAUAAAAAUUUUAAAUAACAAUUUAACACUAAAAAAAUACGGUAAAUUAAUUCACAGUCAAAUAUAUUUUAAAAUAAUUAAACACACAAAAUGAAUUGGUGAUUGUCGUGAUGUCUACGUGAGAUGGCCCAGGAGGAAAUCACAAUCCACCAUUAUGAAAAAGAUGGUUGAUGCACAUCCUGAUAGAAUACAUGAUCUAAACUGAAUAAGCAAGAAAUAAACCUCAUGACGUAUAUAUACCUACCUUCUGUUUUAUGCAUGACCUCCAGAUAAGGUCAAUUCACUUUUUUAUAAGAUAACACAUAACGAUGCUAGAAACUGAUGCCGAUGAUGACCAUCGUGGAAACUCUUCACUGGUUCUCUGAACACAGUUUGCAAAUUACUUGGCCUGGGACCAAGUGGAAAAAUGAUUGGGAUAUUAUUUGUUUGCCUUUAUAUCAGAAAUUUUGUAUCCAGAAUAAUGCCCUUUGAAUAAUACCAUAGUUUGAUUUAGAGAAUGAUUCAGAUUAAAUUGUCUUUGUAAAUCAUAGUACUUUUGGAUUGAUAAACUAUUAAAACUAUUCACAAACCUGA